UUCAUAUUACAUUUUUGUUAAAAAUAGUGUUUACAUCAAUAAAGUGAAAAGAAUUAAUAAAGUAGUCCAUUUCAUUGAUGUUAGAUAGAUAUAAGAAGUGAAAUAAAAAUGGAUGUAAAAGAUGAUAAGGAAGAGUUACAAUUUGAACUGCCACCUAUUUGGCCUGACAUUAGAACUGAAUUAAGGGAAUAUAUAGAAUGUUUGGACAAUCUUCCAAUGUAUCAUUUAGAUAAUGCACAAUGUUACUGGCCAAGAAAACUUGAUAUUUUAUCCAUUUUGAAUUGUGACAUAGCACCGCUUGGUACCACAUUAAAAUUUGACCGUGAUCCUGUUACUGGAAAGCUUGGGGAAAUGCAUGAAGUACCUUUAAAGUCAGCAGGUGAAACUGCACGAAAUUCUAUGUCUAUGACUCGUGCACCAGGCCCACCUAGUGAUAAUAUUAGAGGAAAUACUAGUAAUAUUCCCUUUUGGCCUGGUGGUUUUGAUGAGCCUGAGAUCGUAAUGGAUUCAUCAGUAGAAGAGAUUGACUUUGAAAAUAAUUUAAGAACCUUAGCAAAAGGAUUCAGCGCUGGUAUAGAAUUCAAAAGUGACAAUUGUACUCCAAAAGAGAGAACAAUGAUCAACACAGAACAGAUAUCAUCAGAAUCAAAGAUAAAUGAAAUUGAAAGGAUAGCAGACAAGAUUAAUCUAAUGUCCAUAAUAAAGGAAGAGCAAGAUGAAUUUAAUUUUUGGAAGACAGAAACAAAGGAAAAAAAAGAAGAAAGAAGAACCAAAACUUCAGAUAUUCAGCAAGCUGCAUUGGAUGAAAUUGCUACAUUGUUAGAAGAAACAGAUAUUCCUAUUUUAAAUAUCUCGGAAAAACGUGAAGAAACUACCAAAUCAGAAUGGGCAGAACAAUUAGAUGUGUCUGUUCCAAUAACUGAUUUUGAAAAACGUAUUCCUGAAUUAGCAAUGAGUUUUCCAUACGAGUUAGAUACUUUUCAGAAACAAGCUAUUCUUAAAUUGGAAGAAGGAUGUAAUGUGUUUGUUGCUGCACAUACAUCGGCUGGAAAAACAACAGUAGCGGAAUAUGCUAUUGCAUUAAGCCAGAAACACAUGACAAAAGUUAUUUAUACUUCUCCUAUAAAAGCGCUUUCAAACCAAAAAUAUCGCGAUCUUAAAAGAAAGUUUGAUAGUGUGGGACUAUUAACAGGAGAUUUGCAAAUUAAUUCAAAUGCUUCUUGCCUUAUAAUAACCACAGAAAUUUUACAGUCUAUGUUAUAUUGUGCAUCAGAAGUAUUGAGGGAUUUGGAAUUUGUUAUAUUUGACGAAGUGCAUUACAUCAAUAACGACGAACGUGGUCAUGUUUGGGAAGAAAGUGUGAUACUUUUGCCACAAACAGUUACUCUAGUAAUGUUGUCUGCAACUGUGCCCAAUCCUCUAAUAUUUGCUGAUUGGGUUGGUCGAACAAAAAAGAAAAAAACGUAUGUAAUAAGCACUUUAAAACGACCUGUACCACUGCAACAUUAUUUAUAUACUGGAACUGACGGUAAAACAAAGGAUAACAAAUUUUUAGUAUUAGACGAGAGUGGUCAAUUCUUUUUAGAUGGAUGGUAUAAAGCAACAAGUAUGCAAAAUCCGAAAAAUCAAAAUAAUAAAAAUGUUGUUAAAAGACUACAUGUACAACGACAGAUGACUCCAAAACAGGAACAAGUAUUAUGGAAUGCUUUCAUAAGUCACUUAAAAACCCAAAACAUGUUGCCUGUUGUUGUUUUUAUGUUAUCACGGAAGCGUUGCGAUAUGAGCGCUGUACUAUUGAGAAACGUUGAUCUUACAACUGAAACUGAAAAGCACACUAUUCGAACUUUCUUUCAAAAUAAUAUUCGGCAUUUAAAAGGCACGGACAGAGAAUUGCCACAAGUACUUAUGAUGCAAGAAUUAUUAGAAGGUGGGAUUGGUAUCCACCACAGUGGCAUAUUACCUAUUUUGAAAGAAAUAGUAGAAAUGCUAUUCCAAACUGGAGUUGUAAAAUUACUAUUUGCAACAGAAACAUUUGCAAUGGGCGUGAAUAUGCCAGCACGCACUGUAGUCUUCGAUUCUAUAACAAAAUAUGAUGGUACUAAUUUCCGGAUACUUUAUCCUUCUGAAUACGUACAAAUGGCUGGUCGAGCUGGACGUAGAGGUCAUGAUACCGCUGGAAUGGUUAUAGUCAUGUGUCGAACAUCUGUGCCACAUUUUAAUGAAUUAAAAAAUAUGAUGUGUGGACAAGCUCAGAACUUAGAAUCUAAGUUUAAAGUAACAUAUUCCAUGGUUUUAAAUCUGAGGAGGCUAAAUGAAUCUGUGACUGUUGAAGCAAUGAUGCGAAGAUCAUUUAAGGAAUCACCAGUAGUUAAAAAUCAAAAUAUUUAUAAAAUACAGUUGCAAAAGAUAGAAAAUGAACUAUCAAAAUUACCACCUUUAACAGAUUUACAGAAAAAACUCUCUGACUUUUAUCGAGUAGCUGUUGAGUAUCUAGAAUAUCUCAAAUAUCUAAAACCCUAUUUUUAUGAGACACAAAAAAAAGCAGUAAAAAAUUUAACACCUGGUAGGAUAUUGUUGAUAUCAUAUGAAAAUCAUUAUAACAAAUUAGCUCUGUUAUUAGCAAUUGUCCAAUGUAAAGGUAGUCAACAAUAUAGAGUAUUAGUUCUUAAAAAUUCUGAUGUAUCAAAUCCUUCUGAGGAAACAUUAUCCCCAGAAAAGUGUCAAAAAGCUAGGAAAUCCGACAAAUGGUACGAUAUUGUUGCUUUAACGAAAAAAGAAAUAUUUGUGCCAGUUGGAAUUCCAUCAGAUGAAGUAUUAACUAUAGCUGCAUGGAACAUAUUGGAAAUAACAAAUUGUCAAAUUAAAAUAGAUUGUACUUUAGUUUUGGCAAAUUGGGAAAAAAGACAAAUACCAAGAUUUAAAAAUGAACCUCCUAGUCAGACAUAUCAAACAGCUAUGCAAGAAUUAAUGAUAUUAUCUCUAAAUGCUUUUCGUGAUUCUUCUGUUCUAAAACCAUAUUUGGAAAUGAAAAUGAAUUAUGAUGUCGAUAGAAAAUUAUAUUAUUUAUUCGAUUUAAAGGAUGCUGUAGAUAAUGUAAAAUGUACAGAGAUGAUAAAUUUCGAAGAACAAUUUGAAGUUGUGUAUAAACGAAGUGAAUUGGAAAGUGAAAAAAAUAAACUACAACUAAAACUUAGCGAUGAAGGAUUAAGUUUAUAUCCUGAAUAUGCAAAUGCUGUUGCACUUCUUAAAGAUUUAGGAUAUAUAGAUAAUGACGAGAGAGUUGCAUUAAAAGGUCGAGUUGCUUUACAAAUGGGAAAUAACGAACUAUUAAUCACUGAGCUCAUUCUUAAAAAUGUGUUAACUGUACUUCAACCAGCUGAAAUAGCAGCAUUAUUAUCUACUUUAAUAUUCCAACAACGAACUGAUAUUAAACCAAGUCUAACACCAGAAUUAAAGAAGAGUUGUGAAAUAAUAAAGCACAUACACACUGAAUUAGAAGCUUUAGAACAGCAUUAUCAGUUAGCAACAUUACAGCCACUAAAUUUUGGUUUAGUAGAAGUAGUUUAUGAUUGGGCACAAGCGAAAUCAUUUGCCGAGAUUAUGGAGAAAACAGAUGUACAAGAAGGGAUUAUAGUACGAUGUAUUCAACAAUUAAGCGAAACAUUACGAGAUGUAAAAAAUGCAGCCACUACUAUAGGUGAUCCUGUUUUAAAGGAAAAAAUGGAAGAAGCCUCUACUGUCAUUAAAAGAGAUAUUGUUUUUACUGCAUCCUUGUAUACUCAAAAUUAAUCGUUUAACAAAAUCUAUGUAUAAUAAUUUAUUUAGAUGUGUAAAUGUGCAGAAUAUUUUUUACUUUGAUCAAUGAAAGACAUGUAUAUUUUUAUAAUUUAUAUACUAUUCAUGAAGUAUAUGUUGUCUAAACAAUGUACAGUAUAAUAUUUCUUUACCAUAAAUGUAAAGUGCUGGGAUUCUGUUUGGUCUGAAAAUUAUAUUUCUUUAUGUGUAGAUAUACGAUAAGAGUACAAAGAAGAGGAAUAAAAUUGUUAUUAAUAUUG